AUGAUCUCCAGGUACACUCGAAAGGCGGCUCCCCAGAGCUUAGAACUGAAAGGAAUAACACACAAUGCUUUUCAUCAUCAUCCCCUACCUGAGCGACUGGAUGAAGUUCCCUCCACUAAUGAUAGCCAUGAAAAAGAUCCAAGUUCCCAAAGUGAAUCUGACAUCACACAGGAAUCACCUUUUACAUCGGCUGAUACUGGGAACUCAAGGUCUGCUUUUCCAAGUUAUACCGGGAUCUCUACUGAAGGCAGCUCGGACUUCUCCUGGGGAUAUGGUGAACUUGAUCAGAAUGCCACUGAAAAGGUCCAAGCAAUGUUCACAGCCAUUGAUGAGCUCUUGUAUGAGAAGAAGGUGAGUGUGCAUACAAAGAGUCUCCAAGAAGAGUGCCAACAGUGGACAUCUCGCUUUCCUCACCUCAGGAUUCUUGGUAGGCAGAUAAUCACUCCAAGUGAAGGUUAUAGAUUAUAUCCUCGGUCCCCUCCUGCUGCUUCAGUUUCACAUGAGACAGGCUUGACUCAAGAAAGGGAUUCCACUAUAUUUGGUGUAAGGGGAAAGAAGGUACAGUUGUCAUCAUAUGGUCAUAAAGCAUCUUCCAUUGCCAAAUCUCCUAGCUUGUGUUCUGUGGAAAGAGCAGAAGAGGAAGAGUAUAUAAUCUUCUCAGAAGGAAUAAUAGAGGAAUACCUAGCAUUUGACCACACAGACAUAGAUGAGGAAUUUCAUGGAACAAAAUCAGAAGUGACUCCAGAAAAACGGAAAUUAGGGCACCCUCCCAUUGCUCCAUUUUACUGCAUGAAAGAGGAUGUCCUUGCGUAUGUGUUUGACAACGUGUGGAGCAGGGUUCUGGGCUGCAUGGAGCAGUUGAUACGUAAUCACUGGGAGGGAUACAUUUCUGAUGAUGAGAGUAAUCCUGCAAUCACCAGACCAGAUUCAGGAAGCAACUGUAUGCAUAGUGAACCCCAUCCUUUGGUGUUACCUCGAGUGCCACAGUCUAAGGUCCUGUCUAUCACCUCAAAUCCGAUGAGUCUCUGUCAAGCAACAAGCAAUCAGCAGCCAAAUGUGAAUGGUCUCUUGGUUCAUGGGAUGCCUCUACAGCCAAGAAAUCUCUCCCUAAUGGACAAGCUCCUAGAUCUUGAUGACAAGCUACUUCUGAGGCCUGGGUCCAGUACCAUCCUUUCAAGCCGAAACUGGCCAAAUCGAGCCCUGGAGCUCAGUACAUCAUCUUUGUCAUAUACAGUGCAGUCCGUCAGGAGACGAAACCCCCCACCACGCACCCUUCACCCCAUCAGCACAAGCCAUUCACGUGCUGGAACACCAAGACCUGUGGAGGAACUCCUCAGAGGAGCCCGAAUCCCAGCAGCAGCUGACUCGCUUUCCUCCCCCUCACCAAUGCCCCUGAGUCGAAAUAACUUGCUGCCACCUAUUGGCACAGCUGACAUGGAACACCUGAGUGCUCUGGGGCCACAAAGGCAAAUGAAGCCCCUUAGUGAUUCCAGCCGAGCUCGAAGCGCAGUGGUGGAUGAGCAGAACCAUCAGCAGCCCCAGGAGAGGCUUCUUUUACCCGACUUUUUCUCCAGACCCAACACAACUCAAUCAUUUCUGGCGGAUCCACAGAGUCGUCAUGCUUGCGCCGUGGAGUGUCCUCAUCAGGCCCGCCCUGGCCGGGGAUGUGUAGGUCCUCAGUUACAUGGGUCUACAAAGUCUCAAAGCAGAGGUGGGCCAGUCUCUAGAACCAGACAGGGGCCAUAG